AAAUGCAUGUGAAGAACCCACAGUUAGUUCCUAAAUUCUUCAAAGGGUGAGAUAAAGGCAAAAUCCAUGCAUUCUCUUGCCUAUUGUAUCACUUCUGCCUGUAUUUCCCUUGUCUGCAGCCAGUCAGCAGGCAGGAGGGAGGGGCAAAGCCUAUGUAAAGUGUUUGGCAAGGGCUUGCAGCCUCUCCUUGACCACAGUGACUGGGAAGGGACUGGACAUGGCCACCUACCUGGAGCUGCCCACCCGUGCGAGGAUGCCCAUCCUGGGACUGGGGACCUGGCAGUCUCUCCAGGGAACAGCCAGAGAUGCAGUGAAGUUUGCCAUCGAUGUUGGGUACUGCCACUUUGAUUGUGCUUACCUCUACCAGAACGAGAGUGAGAUUGGGGAUGCAGUACGGGAAAAAAUCAAGGAGGGGGUUGUGAGGCGAGAAGACCUCUUUAUUGUCAGUAAGCUGUGGUCCACCUUCCAUGAGAGAUCCCUGGUGAAGGAGGCAUGCCAGAAGACACUUGAUGCCCUCCAAAUGGAUUAUUUGGAUCUCUACCUGAUGCACUGGCCCAUGGGAUUCAAGGCAGGAGAGGAGCUGUUUCCUGCAGAUGGAAAUGGCAUGAUCAUUCCCAGCGAUACAGAUUUUCUGGAUACAUGGGAGGCUAUGGAAGAGCUGGUGGAUGCAGGAAUGGUGAAGGCGAUUGGAGUCUCCAACUUCAACUGCAAACAGAUAGAUCAGCUUCUGAGCAAACCAGGCUUAAGACACAAACCUGCAAAUAAUCAGAUUGAGAGCCACCCCUAUCUUCCUCAGGAAGAGCUGAUCAAGUUUUGCCAGUCCAAGGGCAUCUCUGUCACUGCAUAUUGUCCCCUUGGGGCACCCAACUGGCCAUGGUCCAAGCCUGAGGAUAUUUCCCUUCUUGAUGAUCCCCAAAUUAAGGAAAUUGCACUCAAGUACAACAAAACCCCAGCUCAGGUGCUUAUCCGCCUCCAGAUUCAAAGAAAUGUGAGUGUAAUUCCCAAAUCUGUCACUCCACACCGCAUUGAAGAAAAUUUUAAGGUGUUUGACUUUGAAUUGGCUGAAGAGGAGAUGGGAACCUUACUGGCUUUCAAGAAGCGGUAUCGCAUCUGUACUUUAAACGAAUGCAAAAAUCACAAGGACUAUCCUUUUUUGGGAGAGUAACAUAGGCACCACCAUCAGAUCCUCCAGGGACCAGGACCAUAUAUCAUUAUUUCAAGCAAUUUGUAAUAUUUCAUGUGUAUUAAACCACAAUAUAAGUGGAAUAUGCAUUACAAGAUAGGAGAAGAUAACACGGGCGCUAUGAAAAGUAAUCUUUGAACAUGCAUGUGUUUGCUUCCCUUAUUGUCCACUACAGUUAUAUCAUUCUUUAUCUGUAUUUUUUGCUCUGCUCUUGUAGUGAAAUUCUCAGUUUUAGCAAGAUGUAUGUUCUGUUAUCAUUUAGUAAUAACAGUUGAAGAAGUUUAAUAAACCUGAGUGUUUGGGAUUUGUGAAAAGCAGCUUUUGUCAUAAAUAAAAAUCCUGACCAAUUUUAGAUUCUCCUUGUGGCUGUAUUUGUGGACAAAAGUUCACAACAUGAUACCUUUAAGCUGUUAACGUAAGACAAUCCAUUUAACAUCGGAAGGUCUUGAUAACACAAUACACAGCUUUAGAGUCUUAGUUCAGUAAUCCCAGCAUAACAAGACUAAAAGCUCUUUAGAGGACACCACUGAAUUAUAUUUCAGGAACAUUUUCUUAAUGAGGUUUCCUAUUUAUGAACUGCUAAAAACUAAUAAACUGGUAGGAGAUUUGUAUGUUUGGUUUAUCAUAUCUACAAAAGUAUAUAAAUACUGCCUUUCAUCAGUAGAAUAGCUGCAGUUAAAACUGUGAAUCGCUCCCAGCAAAUCCAAAGUCUGAUAAAGUAGACACAGAGGAAUUAUUUUGUUUGGCAACUGUCUUAUUUAACAAGCAGAGAAGUUGGGAAACUUCUUAGAAGCCGAAAGUAGAUGUUUGCUCUCUUGUGCUGCUCCCUAAAUACUGUCUGCUUGUGCUUUGACUCAAAGGAUGUCACUGGAUGUUGCUUCCUAUGGUAAAAAAAAAGUCAGUGCUACUGCAACCCAUACAUCUGCUGGAGUUUUAAUGAGGUGUGUGUUAAUCAAGAUUUCUUGCUUUUGAACUCUAACAAGUGACUCAAAAUGCCUGUGAUUGCUUUAGGCUCUUCCAGGCCAGCAGGACAACAGUGUGGAUCAGCACUGCCUGCAGAGAGGAAGGACAAUUGUGUAAUUUAGGUUCAGGGCUCAGAUACACACUUGAUGGAUAUCCUUUCCCAACUGAUUUUCUUUGUAGUCAAUAAAGGAAGUGAUGACAUAGCUUUGGGCUACUUUAGACCUUUGCAAGGUGUUUGAAUAACAUAUGCCCUAGAAACAGCCAUUUCAUCAAAUUGUAUUUCCUACAACAACCCUUCAAUAGAAAGAGGUCUGAAAAGGGUAUCAACAAUUGUCACCAGUUAUAAUACAGUGGGAUGGACAGGAAG